AUGCCGAAAAUGGGUUUAUUAACGUCUGUAGGCACACCUCUUCAAUGGGAACAGGCCAAACAGUUUGCGCAUGAAGUUCGCACUCUCGGGAUAAAUUAUUUCUUGUCAGUUUAUGAGAAAUUGAAAGAAAAAGAAAAUUCUUGCUUAAAAUGGGGAGACGAAGUUGAAUAUUUGGUUGUCGUGUACGAUGAUGAAACAAAGACUGCGAAGUUAUCGUUAAGAAUUCACGAAAUCUUGGAUGAGCUACGGAAAGAGGAGGAAGAAGCAAUGAAAAUACCUAAUUCUGGGGAGACGAUCAAAACUUUAUGGAGACCGGAGUACGGAAUAUACAUGCUUGAAGGCACACCAGGCACACCUUACGGUGGUACUUUGAAAAGUCUGCUUCAAAUAGAGCCAAAUAUGAAAUUAAGAAGAGAAAUUAUUUCAAAAUUUUUGAGGCCAAACGAAGUAGCAAUUACUUUGACUAGCUUUCCUCGUCUUGGCUGUCCAGGCCAAUUUUUGGAACCUCAUCAUGAACCAACAGGGCGUGUAUCGAGAAGUCUGCUUGUACCUGACGAAGUUAUUAACCCACAUGCGAGAUUUCAAUAUCUAACUGCCAAUAUCCGAGAACGUCGUGGAUCAAAGGUUGCUAUUAAUGUGCCAAUUUUUCGCGAUAAAUGUACACCCGAACCAUUUAUAGAUCCAACAAUUCCCAAAAAUCGAAAUUUAUUUCCUGAAGAUAAAGAAGCUUCAGAAGGUGCAGCGUUACCAAAUCAUAUAUAUAUGGAUGCUAUGGUCUUUGGAAUGGGUUGCUGUUGUUUACAAAUUACUUUUCAAGCUUGUAACAUCGAAGAAGCUAGAAGAUUAUAUGAUCAGUUGGCGAUAAUAGGACCAAUUAUGUUGGCUUUAACUGCAGCUGCGCCGAUCUGGCGUGGUUACCUUUCAGACAUAGAUUGUAGAUGGAAUGUAAUUGCUGGAAGUGUUGAUGAUCGUACAAGAGAAGAACGUGGUUUAGAGCCUCUCAAAAAUGACCGUUUUGUGAUUAAUAAAUCGCGUUAUGAUUCGAUUGAUUGCUACAUAUCCACAGACAAGACUUUGAAACCGGAAUAUAAUGACCUGGAUUUGGUAUAUGAUCGAGAUAUCUGCAAAAAAUUGAUGGAUAAUGGAAUUGAUGAAUUGUUGGCACGUCACAUAUCUCAUCUAUUCAUUCGUGAUCCUCUUGUUAUCUUUAAAGAGCAACUGGAUCAGAAUGAUGACGAUCACUAUGACCACUUUGAAAAUAUUCAAUCUACAAACUGGCAAACCAUGCGCUUUAAGCCUCCGCCACCAAAUUCAAAUAUUGGUUGGAGAGUUGAAUUUCGUAGCAUGGAAGUUCAAAUAACCGAUUUUGAGAAUGCAGCAUUUGCAAUCUUCAUUAUACUUUUAACACGUGUUAUUUUGAGUUAUGGGCUAAACUUUUACAUACCAAUAUCAAAGGUAGAUGAAAAUAUGAUGAUUGCACAUAAACGAGAUGCGGCAAUGAGUGAAAAAUUCUGGUUCAGAAAAAAUGUUUUUGCAGAUGGUAAUAUAAUUGACGAUGGUAAUACCACUCAAGUAAAUGAAAAUUUAUCAAUACCUGAUAAUGAGACAUUGGAUUCUUCAAAUAAUUUCCGUCAGAACGGACAUGCAGAUACUAAUGAAUCAAUAUCAUCCGUCGAAGAUGAAUACGAACAAAUGACCAUCAAUGAAAUUUUUAAUGGCAAUGGUGAUAAAUUUCCAGGGUUAAUAGUUCUAAUAAGCCGAUAUCUUGAAUCAGUAAAUAUUGACGUUGAAACAAGGUGUCAGCUAGGAAAGUAUGUAGAUUUUGUCAGUAAGCGUGCAAAAGGAAAAAUUCAAACAACGGCAACAUGGAUGAGAAACUUUGUACAAUCGCAUCCAAAAUAUAAUAAUGAUUCGGUUGUAUCACAAGAAAUUAAUUAUGAUCUUGUGAAAAUGGUUGAAAAAAUACAAAAAGGUCAAGUAGUUGUACCUGAAUUGUUAG